UAGACACUGUCUCACUCAGAGGUUGCCAUAUCGUGCCCUUUAUACAUAACAAUCUGACGCCCGUAGUGGUUGAUUAUGGGAAGUCUUGGUAAUUGUGCCAAAUCGCGGGCCUACCCCCAUUAACAUUCAAUCAGUCAUCACGGUGCCAGCCAAUGAAAGGUGGAGAAGGAUGGAGGAGGACGGAGCAGCCAGACGGAGCGUUUUGACGCGCUGAGAGGAGGACAGAGCGUCACAUCUCUCCAAACGCCCAUCAAACUUUCACACAGCCUGUAGAGAGGAGCCAGUCCUCUGAAGGAGGCCUGUUAGACACAACGAGGGCGCGCUGGAUUCUGGGAACACAACUGGACAGCGAUGGAGACACAGCUGGCAGUGACUUUGGGUGCAGUUUGACCCUACUGUGAAUCCUCCGGAAAACAUCUUCUUUACUUCUUUUUUUUCUGAGAUAGAGCGACGGGGAUGGAGCAAGCACCCAGCGCGCCGAGUCCUCCUCCCAAACCUGCCCAUCACGAGCCCAUCAGCUUCGGCAUCGACCAGAUCCUGGGAGCCGGUACGGAGCCCGAGAGCGGGCGCACGGCCGGAAGACAGAGUGGAUCCGAUUUAAGCAGCGGGGACGGUUAUUACAGUUUAGGAAGCCCGACCGGCGCCAGCGCGCCCUCAUAUACCGCGCUGUCCAUAUCCCUCUCCGGUAUUAUGCCCCCGGUGGAGGCUGCGGGAUCAUACGUGGAGAGCAGAGGUCUGGGCAGUCGGGGAGUGAUUCGGGUCCCAGCCCAUAGACCCAUGACAGCCGCGGGACCUCCGGCCCCCGUGCAGGGCGCUGUCCCAGGGUUUGGAGGGCUGUGCUUCCCCUGGAUAGGGAACAGGUUCGCCAAGGACAGAAUAUCAGCGGCUCUGGUUCCGUUCGCCGUCACGCGACGGAUAGGACACCCGUACCAGAAUCGGACUCCACCAAAGCGGAAAAAGCCACGGACAUCUUUCUCCAGGGUUCAGAUCUGCGAGCUGGAGAAACGUUUCCAUAGACAGAAGUACCUGGCCAGCGCCGAGCGGGCCGCCCUGGCCAAGAGUCUGAAGAUGACGGACGCGCAGGUCAAAACCUGGUUUCAGAACCGCAGAACGAAGUGGAGGAGACAGACAGCCGAGGAACGGGAGGCGGAGCGUCAACAGGCCAAUCGGCUCAUCCUGCAGCUGCAGCAGUCCGCCCUCCAGAAGUCCCUCGGCGAAUCAGCGGUCACGGACCCACUGUGCGCCCAUAAUUCCUCCCUGUACGCCCUGCAGAACCUCCAACCCUGGGCCGAGGAAAGGGAAUAGAGCCGUGGCACCACGCCGUAAUCAAUAAGCAGUAUCUGUUAUCCCUGGGAGGAUAAAUACAUUCAAUUAGACCUACAUGAGGACAGUGGGACUAACGUUUGACUCAUGAAACGGAGAAAAAAAACACUGAGGGAGCAGUCCCAUCUGUUUGAGGUGAUGGACCCAAAACAAUGGUAAGUGGUGCCUGUUUUCAGACAAAUCUUUCUCAGAUUAAACCUUCAGUACUUGGGAACCUGAGACUUUUUUCACAUCCCAAAAAGGAGAGAAAACUUGUUUUUAACAUUUCUUGUCACCCUGUGAUUGUACUUGUUAUGCUUGUACUUAUUCUAUCAUUAGAAUAAGAAGCAGAUGGACAUUUACCCAGUAGACCUUGAAAAGGAAAUUCAUCCUCCACACUGAGACAUAACUUGAUAAAUAGUUUACGAGGGGUUUUCCACUCAAUGCAGCCAAACUGACUUUGCUUUAUCUAAGAUAAAAUGUUCUUUAAGGGGCAGAAUAUCAGCCAAAUUAAGGCAAGUUCUAAAACACCUUCUCAAUAAAUCAAUUCCAUAAAAAUGUAUUUUAAAUAAACAUCCUCAUUUAUUUUUAAUAAAAAUCAAAAACCAAAAAAAAAGUGUCACAAAAAUGCAUAUAAAUGCUUGUUUGGACCAUUCGUCAAUAUUCUGGUGCUUAAACCUUCUUACAAUCUCAUUUAUAAAUGUACUCUCCACAACUCCAUUCACCUGUGCACAUGCACAGUUUGGUGCACUACCUUACUCUUUAAACAAAAAAAUGUUAAAACACUGAAGAAAUUCUUCUGUGAGCGGCAAUAAAAAGAAAAUAGAUGCCAAGAUGAGAGGGAAGAGAAGUGCAGAAAAUAUGAAAGUGGCUGCAAGUUGGGUAAUAAAAGGAGUGAUGCAUGUUCAGUGAUGGUGGUGACGUUUUUUCAUAUGCACAUUAUCAUGCUUUAUUUGCGGGCCGCGUCCUCUGGGAUGCAGGCUCAAAUGUACAAUUGUUUUUGUACUUUCUCUGUAUAUGUGUAAAUAACAGCAUAAACCGUU